AUGGUUUUAUUAAGGAUUAUACAAUUUGGGUAUAUCACGGAGAAAUCGUACGUAGCUCCUAAUAUUGCCGAUAAUGAAGAAGAAGACAAUGAAGAAAAUUUAUUUCCAGAAGAGGAGAUGGAGGAAAUGAUAGAAGUUGCUUUUGGUGACUCCAAUCUUGCUGAAGAUGAUCAUCCUUCCGGACAAGAACAUGUAGAUGAGUAUGAGAAGUACAUGAAAGAUGCCAAAAGACCAAUUUAUGAGAAUGCAAAAUAUUCCACACUAUCAUGGUUCGUUCAACUUUUCCAGAUUAAAUGCCUAAAUAAAUGGAGCAACAAGUCAUUUACGAUGCUUCUAAAAUUCCUGAAAGAUUCUAUGCCUCUGGGGAACAAUGUGCCUCAGAGCUGGUAUGAAGCUAAAAGGAUAAUGUCAGAUCUGGGUUUGAAUUGUGAGAAGAUUCAUGCAUGUCCUAAUGAUUGUGUACUGUUCUGGAAAGAAAAUUCUAAACUGAAAGAGUGCCCUAACUGUGGAGUUUCUAGAUAUAAGAAGAAAGCACAUGCUAACAAGAAUGACAUACCAGUCAAGGUGGUACGAUACUUUCCUGUGACACAGAGGCUGCAGAGGCUCUACAGGUGUAAGAAGACAGCGGUGGCAAUGACUUGGCAUGACCGUGCUAUUCCAAGUGAACAUGAGACAUAUGAUACAGACAAAGGGGAAACAUUCACAAUGCGUGCAGCCUUAAUGUGGACAAUUAAUGACUUUCCUGCAUAUGGAAUGCUAUCAGGUUAUUCUGUACACGGUUAUAAAACAUGUCCUUACUGCCAUGCCGAUACAUCAUCGACAUGGUUGCCCUUUAGCAAAAAAAUCUGUUAUUGCGGUCAUCGACGUAUGUUGGAAGAAGAUCAUCCUUAUAGGGAUGAUGCUGUUCACUUUGAUGGUACUACAGAGCAUAGAAAGGCUCCAGUCCCCCUAUCCGGAAAGGACAUACUUGCUCAGUGGAAUGUUUACGGAAAUAUAACUUUUGGAAAAGUAAAGGAAAGACAGGAAAGACCACAAGGAUGGAACAAAAAAAAUGGAAAAUCAAAAGACAACCUCCAAGCUCGGAGAGAUUUGCAUCACUUCAACAUUAGAAAAGAAUUGCAUCCUGUACCUAAAGCUGGCUUUUCAGGAUCAUUUAAUAAGAAGAUAAAGACUGUGAAAGGCAAGAUCGAUGGCUUGAAGAGUCAUGAUCACCAUGUUAUUAUGCAACACCUUCUCCCACUAUCCCUAAGGACUUCUCUUCCAGAAUCCGUUGGUUUAGUGAUCAAUGAACUUUGCACCUUCUUUAGAGAAUUGUGUGCUAAAAAUGUCGAUGACAAGGAGCUAGAAAAGCUAGAGAAAGCGAUACCUUUGAUAUUGUGCAAGCUUGAGAGGAUUUUUCCACCGUCGUUCUUUGAUAUCAUAAUCCACUUGAUUGUUCAUCUUGCAAAAGAGGCUAGACUUGUAGGACCGGUACAAUAUAGGUGGAUGUAUCCUAUAGAAAAGUACCUUUUGACUCUAAAAAAUUAUAUACGAAAUAGAAAUCGGCCAGAGGGUUCUAUUAUGGAAGAGACAAAGCUCAAUAGACCUGUGAGUAUUCAUGACGGAACAUAUGGCAAACUAACUUACACGACAAUGGGACUCACAUUUAUUAAUGAUAUACAUCGAUUUAUCAUCCUCAAUAGCAUAUGCCUCGAGGAAGUUAGAGAAAUUCACAAGGAUGAAUUACGUGAAGAGCAUCCUAAUUGGAAUGUUGAACGAUUGGAAAAACAUCAUCAUGAUAAUUUUGUAGCUGGUUUAUAA